AUGAGGUCCCCAUGUAUUGCAUCAAAAGGAGAGCUACUCCAUCCUUCGAUCGGCCAACCAGCACGACGGCCAUACAUAAAUGCUCGAGAUAGGAAAACAGAGUCGUUGAUGGCACAGCCACCGAGCUCUUUAUCAUCAAAUGUGAUUAAUAUAAACGAGACCAGCGACCACAAAUCAGGACAGCAUAAUUCGGAUAAAAGAGAUCCAGUUCACAUGGCAGAACAGCCGGCUCUCUUACAGCAAUUGGCUGUACUUGGUGAGGAAAUACUGGCACAGGAUGGAGAGUAUGAAGAGAUCUUGGCGAUUGACUAUCCAGAAAUGUAG